AGGCAAAAGCCGAAUAGCGGAACCAAAAUGGCCGAAACUGAGUAACCAACCAAAUGGCGGAGUCGGUGAUUGGCGUUGUGUCUCAGUCUUCGUUGCUGGUUCUAGAGCAUUCUAAGUUUGGAGUUCCAACUCAUGCUAAUCCGUCUUCGUUCGUGCGCCUGCAGCAAUCUUCUAGCCAGAAGGGAAACUACCGAUUCGUUGUUUCUUCUGGUAAGCAUUUGAAGCCGAUUUUCGCUGCUAGGGUUGUCUCUUCAGGUCUUGAAUCGUCUACGCUCGUUACCGAUAAUGUUGAUUUGUCAACGGAGGGUAUCGAGAUUGAACCGGAUUCUGGAGGUGGUGAUGAUGGUUACGGUGAUACAGGAGGUCGCGGCGGCGGCGGCGGUGGUGGUGAUAAUAGCGGAGGACAAGGAGGAGGUGGUGGUGAUGAUCAGAGUAACGAAGGUGAAGGAGGAUCAUCGGAGGGUAGCGGCGGUGAGAAGAGGAAGAUGGCAUUGUCUAUGUCUCAGAAGCUUACUCUUGGUUAUGCUGCCCUUGUUGGAAUGGGUGGUGUAAUGGGCUAUGUGAAGAGUGGCAGCCAGAAAUCACUUUUGGCUGGAGGACUUGCUGCUUCAAUACUUUAUUAUGUUUACACACAGCUUCCUACACAUCCUCUUUAUGCCUCGUCUAUAGGGCUUGGUGUGUCUUCUGUACUCGUGGGAGUGAUGGGGUCUCGUUUCUUGAGGUCAAAAAAGAUACUUCCUGCUGGUGUGGUAUCUCUUGUUUCGUUGGUAAUGACUGGUGGCUACAUUCAUGGAAUUAUGCGCACUAUGCACUGAAACAUGCUUAAUAUAAUUCUGAGACAUAUGGUUAAUAAGUUGGCUUCAGUUGGCCGUCGUCUCAUAUUGUAGUUAAUGUUAGUUUUCUGUUUUCUUUUUGUUUUGGCAUGUAAACUCUGUGCAUUACUAUGCAGAGCUAAGUUCGGAAUUUUCUGCUUUUUAUGGAUAAAAUUAUGCAGCUACUUUUCUCA